GGUUGAUGUCACCAGACACAAAAAUUAAAUGUUGCCACAUGAUUGUACGGAAGUCUGAGCGAUCUAAACAGAAAACAAGAUGGCAUCACACCCGGGAGGAGGCGACCAAGGAAAUGGCAAAGAACAGCUCGUGGAAGUAGGAGCUGCUUUGUUAAAGGACUUCAUUUUUGAGCGGGUUCAGCGGCAUGGAGACAGUAAAACUGUAGUGACAAGAGCACAGCUGGGUGGAGGAGAGCUGGUUGACCCAAGCCAUAAGAAGCUCGGUCAGUGCCUGCAGCAGAUUGGAGAUGAGCUGGAUGGAAAUGUGGAACUCCAGAGGAUGAUAAAUGAUUCCUCACUCAGUCCUACAAAAGACGUGUUUCUGAAAGUUGCUGUUGAGAUCUUUUCAGAUGGAAAAUUUAACUGGGGCAGGGUGGUUGCGCUGUUCUACUUUGCCUGUCGACUCGUCAUUAAGGCUCUUGUAACCCAAGUUCCUGAUAUCAUCAGAACCAUUAUUCAUUGGACCAUGGACUACCUCCGGGAACAUGUGAUCAACUGGAUCAGGGAGCAAGGUGGCUGGGAGGGUAUUCGUUCCCACUUCGGCACUCCCACAUGGCAGACAGUGGGAGUUUUCUUGGCAGGCGUUCUCACCACUGUUCUUGUCAUUCGCAAGAUGUGAGGGGUGUGUGAAGAGCUGACGGAAGAAGGAUGGAAAGAACUAUGACUGAGGGAAAUGGGGACGGGAACAAAAACAUAAAGAAAAUAUCAGAAGUGAACAAGUUAAACAGGAUGGACUUGUGUUUCUGCCUCCCAUUCAUAUUUAAGGAUUGGGAGUUGGACUGGAAGCGCUGUCAUACCCAUGAUCCCUAUGCCACAAGGAAGUGAGCUGUGCUUGAUUAUGUGCACAUAAUGGGAGAGUGAAGAGGUUGUCAGACUUGAGCAAGGAAUGCAUUUUAAGUAAUUUAUUUUAUACUUGGUACAGAAUAAAAAGAAGUCACUGCAUUCUGUUUUCUGCUCAUAAAGAUAUAUAUACAGACAUGUUUUGAUUAAAUUAAGAAGUUCCUCUCUGUGUUAUUUUAGUUGUAGUUCUGUUUUUUUUCAUUCAGCUUACUUUUCUGAUCUUCCCAUCCUCUCCAUUCAUUUCACUAUAGUGUCUGUAUACCAGCAAAUUCAUACUCAAAUGUAUUUGUGAGUGUUCACUGGUGUAUAUCUGCAGCGAUCUGCAGCCAAAGAGUGUGUUUAGUGGUGGUCAUGUCCCAUUAAAGUAAAUAGAUAUUUUUGCAAACAAUUUCAGCGAACAAGACAGUGAAACUGAUAAGGAGAACUUAGAAUGCCUGCUGCAAGUACUGAGUUCAAACAACCCUGACAAAUUUCUUCUCCCUCUUCCUCUAAAUGAACAGCUCAGCUUUAUUUCAAUGGAUAAUAAAAGUGCCACACCAGGGACUUAUGUACAAAGUUGUGUUUACAUGUACCAUGGGUUAUCACAUGAUUUCAAAGUCAUACCAGCAAAAAUGCAAUAGACUGAAUAUAAAUUGUGUAACUUUCAAUCAUAUGCUGUUUUGUGGCCUUUUGGCCAACCUUGAAAAUAUAACAUAGCUCCCAGUAAGAUAAAUUCUACCUGUUUUUUUUGUCUUGUGAUGUUGAAUGGAGCUGCAUACUUGUCAAAGAAAAGUGAAAGAAACUGCGCUACAGAAACAGAAGGCUAUGGAUUGCUCACAGAUACCUCACUUUACACAUACUCAGUACUGUAUUUCCUCGUGAGUUAUUCAGACAGAAGACUUUUUAUACAUUUUUCUUGUUUGUCAGUGCCUUGGUGGGAUGUUUUUUUUUUUUUUUUUACUAUGAAAUCACUUUGAUAUUCUCGAGUUUUCACCUUUUCUAUCACAUUUGUAAAGCUGAAAUUUGCUUCAAGUCUCCCUGAAAAUCUUUUUUUGCAGUGACCUUGUAUGUUGUAAAAUGAAAAAUAAAUCUUUUAAUUCUUA